GCUCCCCAUAUCUUAUGCCAAGAUCAUUAUGUAUUUUCAACUACCUACUCAAGUACUUAUUAGAUAGGUAGUCAAAGUCAAGGUCUACGAUAACUAUUUUAAUACUUAAGAAAUAUACUUGAAUUUGAUACUCUUAAAGCCUUAUGCAAGGCAAAUAUUAGCCACUUGAUCAUUUUUGGAAGGUUGGAUUUUUCGACGAGCCCUAGAACUGAUGACCACCUCGGACCUUUGUAUCUUUAGGGUACUGCCUCACACGGAAGACAAGCCAGAUGGACGACUCGGGCAGCGCUAUAGACGGCAACACGUCAGACCCCAAUCCCACCGAAAAGCUCCCUGAAAUCGUCAACAUUGUCGAGGAUGGAGAUUUGAUUUUGGAUGUUACUUUCGAGAAUUCUAAAGAUACUAUUCGAACCGCACGAGCCGCUCAAUCCAAACUACUAAGUCGGGACUCACAACCUGUACCGAAGAAGCAAGCUCGCUUAGGUUUCCGUGUAAACCUCAAAGCGCUCAAGGCUCAGUCUAAGUAUUUUGAGAGGCUUCUCACUGAUAGUCGCUUUAAAGAGGCAAAGGAUAUAUCAAACACCUUUGCCGCGCUCUCAGUAAAGAAUAUCAAACCUGAAGCUGCCGAAGCUAAGGAACUUCCCUGGAUCAAAAUCCGGGAUGACGACCAAGCAACUCAAUACGCGCAUCGCGAAGGCGCAUUUGGCGAUCUUCUGCGGAUCCUUCAUGGCAAGGAAAUAGUCACGAAGUUUACCAUGUUAUUCGUAACCACAUUAGCUGUCUUGGCUGAUCGCUUUGACUGUGCAUCCGCGGUCUCGAAGUUCCUCGUUGCCGGCAUGAGGUUCAAAUGGCCCGUGACGAACCGUAAAAUUAAUAGAGACGAGCCGACAAUCAUGAGCCGUAGUAGCGAGGAUGUUCUACGCCAAAAGAUACUGGUGUCGUGGCUAUUGAAUCAACCUGCUAGGUUUCAAGCAGCCACAAAGGAGAUUAUCAUGAAUGGUUCUUGUCGGUGGAGUUCGUUUGCUCAAGAUGACGAGUCUUCAGAUGCUACAUGGUGGUACUUGCAGGAUGGCCUUGAGCAAGAGUUGCAAUACCGCCGCCAAUGCAUCCUAAAUACAAUAGCCUCCGUCCAGCGGCACUUUAUUACUCUCUACGCGUCGCGCACGCGGCAGUGCAAGCUUGGCUAUGAUUCGAGUGCGGCUUGCGACUCAUACCAGCUAGGCGAGAUAUUCAAGUUCUUAACGAAUAAAAAUCUCAUGUUCCUCGUCGACUUCUCACCAGCGUCUCUAGAUUCCAUCGCGGAUACCUCCCUAUUGCAAAUCGACACCGUAAUCGCCACUCUGCGGCAGUGCCCCAGCUAUCAAAUCGACAAGAACCACACCAACUGCGGGAUGCGUACGCGUAUCCUGCCCAUCCUGGAUUUCAUACUGGGCCUGCUGUCGGCGAACUCCGUCCCCAUAACCAGAAACACUUGGAAGAGCAACCGUCAGGCAGUCGCUUGGAUGCCGCCUGAUACCGAGGGCAAGGACAAACCGGAGAUAGCGCCGUUCCGGUUUACGAGGUCACUAGCGGGAGACCAGCGGUUGCGUUUCGAAAACGCAUUAGGCGCGGAUAAGUUUGCUAAAGACGUGUUUACGGCGCCGAGCUGGGAUUGGACGGCGGAGGACCAGGUCCACGAUGAUCUCCCGUCUACUACUCCGAGAUGGAGUUUGAGGUAAGCAGUGGGGGUGUGCCAUAUAUAGCGGGAUAGGAGGAUUCCUUCCAGGAAUUUGAAAUGGAAAGAUGAAGAGCUGCUAUAAAUUCGAGGGCCUCUAUUUGCAGGUAUACAUAUGGAGAGAAGAGCUUGGAUACUGUACCGGUUACUCUAAAUCACGUAGGAACUGGAACAGAUCUAACAGGUAUGCUCCUAUGCCUCUUCUUGACCUGCUUCUAGCCAUUAAUUUCGAUUUGGUUCUUGUUUCAUACCUAGGUUAAAUCGAAUUACCAGGAUAGUAUUGAGCGCUGUAAUCCCAUAAAUUCUCAUAGCUGUAAGGUAAUGAUAAAUAAAACAAAGACGC